AUAAUAACAAUUCAUGAGUAGCCAAAUCAAGGGGGGGAAAAGAAAAAAAAUGGCACCACAUGAUGAAGAAAAAAAACAUUUCGUUUUAGUUCACGGGGCUUGCCAUGGAGCUUGGUGUUGGUACAAGCUCAAACCCCGCCUGGAAUCCUCAGGCCACCGAGUAACGGCCUUAGACCUUUCUGCUUCAGGCAUCAACAUGAAAUCCAUCGAAGACGUACACACCAUGGCCGAUUACUCUCGGCCUCUGCUUGAUUUUAUGGACUUGCUUCCUCCAAAUGACAAAGUCAUACUUGUAGGCCAUAGCCAAGGAGGCAUCAAUUUGGCCCUUGCCAUGGACAAGUUUCCCAACAAGGUUUCUGUUGCUGUCUUUUUAUCUGCCUUUAUGCCUGAUACACUUCACCAACCUUCAUAUGUUCUAGAGCAGUACGAGGAGAGGAUGCCAAAAGAUGGAUGGUUGGAUACCCAAUUUGCCUCCUAUGGAAGCGAUCAAAACCUUACAACUUCUAUGCUUUUUGGUCCAAAGUUCUUGUCUUCCAAACUCUACCAACUUUCCCCCAUUGAAGAUCUUGAACUGGCUAAGAGCUUGUUAAGGACUGGAUCACUAUUUGUUGAAGACUUAUCCAAGGCAAAGAAAUUCUCGGACCAUGGAUACGGGUCGGUUACUCGGGUUUAUGUUCUGAACCAUGAAGAUAAAGCAAUACCAGAGGAAUUUCAGCGCUGGAUGAUUGACGUCAGUGGGUUGAGAAAUGUGGUGGAGAUUAGUGGUGCAGAUCAUAUGGCAAUGCUUUCUAAACCCCAAGAAGUUUGCCAUACUUUAUUGGAGAUUGCACAUAAAUACAGUUGAAGUAUAUUUCUAUGCACCAACGAUUUUUAUGGAAACGAAACAACCUUUAAAUAUAUGCACCAACCUUCAUAUGUGUAUGCAUGUGCGCCGGCAUACAGAAUUAAAACUUGUAUGUAUACUAUUGUCCACAUAAUUUAAUUUAUGAAAACAAAUAAAGUAAUUUGAUUAA